AUUGCCCGCCCCUUCCCCUCAGGCCCCGCCGCCAUCUUGGUCCCGAGCGAUGACGCCACUUCCGGCGCGUCUCUGUGACGUCACGCCCGGUUCCGGCGCGGCUGUGGCGGAGCGAGGAGGCCUCGGGAGCCAUGAUCGAGGUCGUCUGCAACGACCGCCUGGGGAAGAAGGUUCGGGUGAAAUGCAACCCCGAGGACUCGAUCCGGGACCUGAAGAAGCUGAUCGCGGCGGAGACCGGCACCCGCUGGGACAAGAUCGUGCUCAAAAAAUGGUACACGAUCUUCAAAGACCAUGUCACCCUUGGGGACUGCGCCGAGAGGGGCAGCUCCGUUGCUAUGGCAGCGGGGGCCUUCCGUGAGCACGGCGCGCAAUAUGGCGGCGCCCAUGGCGAGCGCGGGAACGGGUGA